CUAUAAACGAGUAAUUUAGGUAUGCUGUUUCAAGUACCUCGGACUGUGUAUAAGUAUAAUGGACACUAUUUAAAAAGAAAUUAAAUAAUGAAAUAAAUAAAAUGUAACCAACAUUAAAAUCACACCUUAAUUUUCAAUUUGUAUUGGAAUAAUCUUUAAACAAUUUUUUUGUGGCAUAUAAUAGACCUAACUAACUUGUCUACUGUGGGGCAUGCGUUCAGGACAAUAUGGCAUGCACAAAAUUUGUUAUACGAAGAAUAGAAAACGAUUUAAUUGUGUUUGAGAACUUAAAGAAAUAAAUUUUAAUUAAAUUAGGAAAUAUUGCAAGUAAAAAGUGAUUUGAAUGUUCGCUAAAUGUUUCAUAAAUGUUGUUUAGCUGCCCAUAUAGAAUUUCCAAAUUUUAUUCCUUUAUCUGUUUUUUUGUUGUUGUUAUUCCAAUUGAUUCUUAAGCUGCGUGGUCUCGGCGCUUCUUUGUCAUUUUUUGUGCUUGAAGACGCGUAUAUAAACCCCAUCCCGACCGAUCAGAUCUCAGUUUUCACAGUCACCAUGCUACGACCAGUGCACUUGGCUCUUCUCCUCCUGAUGGUGGUGUUGGUAGCAACAUUGGAGGAAAAACCUAACAAUGAACCCGCUCAAGCGGAAAUUGAACCACCCGCAAACAAGGUCAACGAUUUAGAUGCUGAUGCAAACGGCUGGGGAUAUUCCACACCGUGGCGUUAUGGAUGGAGAAAUGGUGGCUGGGGUGGAUGGAGAAGCGGUUGGGGCUGGGGAGGAAGAGUAUGGACUGGAAGAGGUGGUUGGUGGUAAAACCAUACCAAAUUUACAAAUCCAUCAACAAACAUCUAAAAAUUAUCAUGUUUUAUAACUUUUGUUUGUUUUAACAACCAUGUACUUCAUUUUGUGAUUCGUCAUUGUAAAUCAAUUUUAUUGAAAAAUUCAUUUCUAUACAAUACUUAAAACAGAUAAUUUGAAUAAUCUUGUUUUGAAGCUAAAUAAAAUUACAUUAUUCAGAAAAACAAAAAUAACGACCAAAAUAUAAUUCUUCCUUCUCCUAUACUUAGUUCUUAGAAAUAGUCCUAUGUACAAAAAGUAACGACAUUGAAAGCCUAUUACGUCUACAUAAGCGAAAUAAAAACUAUUAUUAUUAUACACAACAAUUUUAUACAAAUUCUGUUAUUUCAAAAGUUCUAUCUUAAACAUACAACUACUAGAAUGAGUAAUUGAAUGAAUCUUCAUGCAGAUGACAUUAAGGCACAAAAUAUCAGAGUCAUGGCGGCUGCACUACCGGCAUUCGUAGACAUUGCGCGAGGUGCGGAUCACUAUUUCAACUCAGACCCACACAUAGUAUACUUUCAGAGCGACCACAUUGACUCAUCUUGGACCGCCAUACCAGUUACUUUUCAUAUGUUAGGGAUGCCAUGGCUUCUUGAAUAUAUUAUGAUGUAUUUACCAACCACGGUAUGGGCAGGUCGAUCGAAUUAUGUAUGGAAGUCUAAGUACUUUCACUACCCUACAAAAACUUUCAAGAAUAGACUAGCCGUGCAGCCAUCAGCAAUACCUGCAGCACACAAUGUACACGUUGGGAGUUGCCUCAAUAUUAUAUUGGUGUGUGUGGACGAAACAGCAUCGCACAUUGACGAGUACAUUACCAUACCUAAUGCCACAUUCAUACCAGUUUACCUUGGAAAUAAAAAGAGAUACCAUUGUUACGAGUCGAGAGGCUUGUUUCGGCCGCGUUGCCGAGGAUAGUUAUCGUUUGGACAAUUUUGUUAACAGGGAUGUGCUUUCGUGGACCCACCAACGUAGGCUAACGUAGGGUUGCCACUAGGAGAUUGGAAAGUUGUCGUGGACGUGCCAGCGUAUGGUUAACGAAGGGUUGCCACUAGGAGGUUGGAUGUCGUGAACGCGCCUACGUAUGGCUAACGUAGGGUUGCCACUAGGAUUCGUUAGUUGGGGCCUCGUAACUUCUACUAUGCAAUACACCACGAGCGGUAAAGGUGUAUUGCUGUGGGUCUUCUUAAUUUAAUAAUUCAAUAGGAUAGGUACUCACGAAAAUAGUUAGGAUUAGUAAGUAAACUAGUUUCUUAGUAAAAACUUUAUCGAAGGGCCGCGGCCACAUCCGCUCGAAAGGGCAAAUGUCACGGAGGAGAGGUUUGAUGAAAAUAACGAAACGGAGUGAAGUCUCUGUACGUAACACCAUACAGAGGCUCAAGUCUUGGCUCAUAUAGUAAACUUUACACAAUACAUCUUAGCUAGGACUACAACACAGGUGUAUGCUGAAUCCGCUCUGUUGAUGUGUAAUGCGGUUGACAGUAUGGGAAAACUCCUAUCACAAGACGGAGCAAUGAGGAUGGCUGCAUCUCUAUCUGCGGAACUUAGUUCGAUGAUGUAUAUAAGUCCACUUCUAAACGUUAAUACAGACACUCCGAAAUAUCAAAAUGAUUUAAUAGGAGCAUGGACAUUCGGUGCUUCCACCAUGCCCGAUAGCAAUUUGUCAACGAGGGAUGCUUGGGAGGGAACAGAAGAGGACAGAACUGCACGGAUACAGUCUCUUUUUAAUGGGUUCAAUUUUUCAGCCCUUUCUCCCCAUAGGUACUUAACAUCCAUAACUCCGGAUUCUUUGGCUGGACAACAUCUGGGACACUGGACUAUAAGUCGAUUAAUCAGCCAAGACUAUAAUUCUGUGAUUUUUUUAAAAUUUUGUUUAUUAAUUAGUAACGUAUAAAGUUUAAGUUUAAGUUACGUUUACGAACAUUAAAUUCCGUUGUUACAACCGAAACAUUCAGUGUUACGAUUAUUUCGUUUACGCCAACUACUCUUCCCGACAGAUCUUCUUCGGACAAGAAGAACCAACUUAAUUUUUACAUUUUUCAAUCCGAACUCCAAACAGAAUGAGUAUGUCUAAUCUUA